AUGGUCGAUCACUGGCCCAUACGGGUCAACCGUGUCGAGGAGUGGGAACAAGGUCGCGGGACCAGCAUCUGCGUUUUUGUUGUUUUGUUUUUCGUCGCCGCAGUCUUGGUUGCCUGCCUUCGCGUCGAACAGGCAACUUCUCCGCUGAUGGAACGGCUCAGUGUCAAACUGGGCUGGCGCGGAGUUCGGGUCAAGCGUGUCCCUGACAUGUCUUUGUUGCAAUGGCGCAUCUUUCUCUCUGCUUUUCCUUCUGGAUCGCCUAGUGACUUGUCGAACCCGAUUCCGAAGAUUGUUGAUUUUGUGAACAUAUAUUUUUACACGGAACAUUCUCAACGAACUCCGCCAAUAGUGUUGAUUACAGUGUUCGUGAGCGCCGUCGACUGGAUAAAGCCUGUAUAUGGAAGUGUUCGGAGAGUAGCACGUUACGGUGACGAUGCACUGGCAGUUUCCAGGGAAAAUCGGGAACCACUCCUGUUUGAUGAUAAAACGAGGAGCUUGGUCAUGGUCUACGUACUGCCGUGUUCAUUUACAGCGGCGGCGGCUUUGCAUGAUAUUAUUCAGUGUCGAACUUUGUGGCUGUCGGGUCGCGUUGUUCGCGCAAUGAACCCGCCGCCGGAACCGAACCCUCACGGGGCGGUCUUUCCCGUUGCCCGACCAGGGUCUUCGAAGCAUCAGGAAGGCAUGGCGCCCGGUGGCGGUGUGACGCUGGCCGUUCCGACGCCGACUUCGUUGAUACCGAACCAGACCGUGAUCCCGAACACGGGGCUUUUCCUUACCGUUCCCACCCAUCAUACCCGUCGGCGACACUCGUGGAUCUGCAGUGAACCUUCUGGCACAUCGAGUCUUUCGCAGCAAUUUUCUCUGCUGUUGUGGGUGGCAGCAAUUAUUUCUCCGCGUGUCGAUUCCGCUGGUGAGCAGCCGGCCUAAAGCACGGAGUAACCGAAAGAUUGUGUCCGAAGACUGACGUGUUACGUUUUGUUCGAAAGGGAAGCGGCAUGGCGAAGGGAUGUUCUUGGAUUUCUUCUCAUAUUUCAGGAGUUCACUGAUUUCUUCCAGGCUCUUGUAAUUUUUGCCCAGCACACAUUCAGUGGAACCUGCAUUUUCAGGACAGAAGAUAGGAAGAUUUAUUGCGGAUACGGUGUAUGGCAAAUCGAUGCUCCAUAACAACUUCAUAGGUUUUCAAUGACCGGAUGUAGUUUUGAUCAACGUUAGAAUUCAGUUCAACAUUAUAUAUCGACCAAAUACAGUAUCAGACGUGUUUACAUA